CUUUGGGCGUCCCCGACUCAACAUACCCCGAUGGGCGGGAUACCCUACCAAUCUCGGGGCUGCACCGCCUGCAGACAGCGGAGGGUCAGAUGCGACCCUGCGAAGCCCGAGUGUGCACGAUGCGUCAAGAGGGAAACGCUAUGUCUAGGCUACGAGACGAAUCGGCAUUUCCUUCACCAUACCCUCGUUACUCGAGUCGAUGCUUCCGGGACAAGCAGAAGGCCUGUAGCCCAGAUGCUCGGACAAUUGAAACCGCUCGCCCUCCCGGCGCCUCUGGAUCUGGGUACUGAAGUCCGAACCCAGCUCUUUUCGACCUUCAUAAACACCUUCUUUCGCGUCCGAUAUCAAUCUCAAUGAUCUCAACGCGAGGGGGGGAUAGCUGGUACUUCCUCAUCGCGCGGUUUCCAUCUCUAGCGGCGAGUCGGCGCUUCUAGACCGGUCUAUCAUGACCCUCGUGUGCGCAUUCGGCCCAGAAAGCCAACAAUCUUCCGCUGAUGAACUACGGCGGGGAAUUAUAUAGCGAUGCGCUGAGGGUGAUGGCGUGGAUACUCCGCCAGAGGCUCCCACCGACGCCUCACGUACUCUACACGACCAUCGUCUUCCACACCUACGAGACAACGCAAACGGGCGAAGCUUCUCUGCACAAUUGCCUGACUU